AUGGUAUUAGCAGUCAUGGUGAUGACUGUGGUGACUGGACUUGCUCUCAACAAUAGCGUUUUCUCGAACAAACGAGUGAGUGUUACUUUGGAUAAGAUAAACUAUUUGUUAUGGAAGCAACAAAUCUUACUUACGGUGAGGAGUCACCGUUUGAAGAAGUUGUUAACUGGUAAUGUGCUUCCUCCAGCUGCAACGGUGGUGUUGGGCGGUGGUGUUAUGGUGGAAAAAGAUGAGUAUGAAGUGUUUGUUACGCAAUAUAAUGCUCUUGCAUCUUGGCUUUUGUCAACGAUCGACCCAUCGAUUCUUCCUCAUCUUGUUGGAGCUGAAACGGCAGAGAUAUGGAUGAAAGUGACGAUUAUUUUUGCGAACAAAUCUCCUACGGUUAAAGAAGUGUGCGAUGUGUUAACUGCCUGUGGUGCUCCGGUGUCGGAGUAUGAACAGAUUGUCACGGUUCUAAAUGGUCUUCCCCCGGAGUAUAGACCGUUCGUGGUUGUGAUUACCACCAGUAGCUAUCCGCUAUCUUUCGACCGUAUUGCUUCGAUGCUUGUUGAUGCGGAGAUGUAA